CUUCGGUUGUGCUGUCACCGCCCCCUGAUUGUUUUCUUAGUUGGGUUUCUGUUGCCUAUUGUUCGUCUCCUUCGCUUCGUCGGCCAUGGCGUCCUCCUCCGGUUCUCUGCCCGCCCUAGAGGCCGUGCAGGUGCUGGUGUCGUCUUUGGUCGACGAAUCGCUUGUCGUGAGGGAAUCAUCUCUGGCCGCUCUUAGAGAAAUCGCGCCGCUGAAUCCCCUUUUGGUCAUUGAUUGCUGUGUCUCAAUAUCCAAAGGAGGGCGUCGGCGUUUUGGUAACAUGGCUGGAGUGUUCCUUGUUAUGGCGGGGGCAGUUCGGGCUAUGGACCCGAAGGAUGUCGACUCUACAUAUAUGGCUAAGCUUGCAAAGAUAGCCACUUCAGAGAUUAUCACCUCUAAGGAACUUAAUGCUGACUGGCAAAGGGCAGCAGCUGGUCUACUUGUUUCAAUUGGAUCUCAUGCGCCUGACUUGAUGAUGGAAGAAGUUUUUCUCCAUUUAUCCGGACCUAAUUCAGCUUUACAGUCCAUGGUGCAGAUACUAGCAGAUUUUGCAUCUGCUGAAGCCUUGAAAUUCACCCCACAUUUGAAAGAUGUCCUUUUACGUGUGUUACCUAUUCUUGGAAGUGUGCGGGACACUCAACGGCCAGUUUUUGCAAAUGCAUUUAAAUGCUGGUGUCAGGCUGCUUGGCAGUAUAUUGGAGAUUUCCCUUCAGAUCCGCUUCUUGAUAGUGAUGUGAUGUCAUUCAUGAACUCUGUUUUUGAGUUAUUGUUGAGAGUUUGGGCAGGUUCACGAGACCUAAAGGUACGACUUUCUGCAGUAGAUGCUUUAGGACAGAUGGUUGGACUUAUUACCCGUUCGCAGUUGAAGGCAGGAUUGCCCAGGCUAAUCCCAACGAUUUUGGACUUAUACAAGAAAGAUCAAGAGAUUGCUUUUCUUGCUACACAGAGUCUGCAUAAUCUUCUUACUGCCUGUUUGCUAUCAGAGAGUGGUCCUCCCCUACUUGAUUUUGAGGAACUUACAGUAAUCUUGUGCACGCUUCUCCCCGUAGCAUGCAUCAAUAGCCAGACUGAUCACCGUUUGAACUUCUCGAUGGGCCUAAAGACUUAUAAUGAGAUUCAGCAUUGCUUUCUUGUAAUUGGUUCUGUAUAUCCUGAGGAUCUCUGUGUCUUCCUUCUGAAUAAAUGUCAGUCAAAAGAUGAACUGUCAACAAUUGGAGCACUCUAUGCAGUAAAGCAUCUAUUACCCAGGUUGUUGGAAGCUUGGCAUGGAAAAAGAGUAUCACUUGUUGAAGUUGUCAAAUUGCUGGUAGAUGAGCAGAGCUUAGGUGUUAGAAAAGCACUUGCAGAAUUAAUUGUUGUCAUGGCUUCGCACUGUUACUUAAGUGGGCCUCCUGCAGAGCUUUUUGUGGAGUACCUUGUACGCCAUUGUGCUAUUUCAGACCAGGAAAUAAAAAUAUUCAAGUCUUUGAAGGAAGCCUCUUCUAGGGGCAGCCCUUUCCAGUCAUUUCAGAAUAGAAACCUUAAGGUAAUGGUAGGUGCAGUUAGUCCAUCAGAACUGAGGGUAAUCUGUGAAAAAGGUCUCCUUUUAUUGGCUAUCACAAUUCCUGAGAUGGAGCAUAUACUCUGGCCUUUCAUCUUGAAGAUGCUUUUACCAAAAGAAUAUACAGGUGCAGUUGCAACGGUCUGCAAGUGCAUAACUGAGCUGUGCAGGCACAGGUCAUUUCACACAAGUAUGAUAUCCUGUGAAUUUAAUAAUUCAAAUGAUAUUCCUAGCCCUGAGGAUCUUUUUGCUCGAUUAAUUGUUCUUAUGCAUGACCCUGUUGCAAGGGAGCAGCUGGCAACUCAAAUUUUGACGGUUUUAUGUUUCUUAGGUCCUUUAUUCCCCAAAAACCUGAGUUUCUUUUGGCAAGAUGAGGUUCCCAAAAUGAAGGCAUACAUAAGUGAUCUCGAUGACUUAAGGCAAGAUUCUUCUUACCAAGAGACUUGGGACGACAUGAUAGUCAAUUUUUUAUCAGAAUCUUUGGAUGUUGUCCAAGACAAUGAAUGGAUCCUUUCAUUGGGCAAUGCUUUUGCAAGACAAUAUGCUCUUUAUGAUGACGAUGAUGAGCAUUUGGCACUGCUUCAUAGAUGCCUUGGAAUGCUUCUUCAAAAAGUUGAUGAUAGAGUAUAUGUUAAUGGAAAGAUAGAAUGGAUGUAUGCACAUGCAAACAUCUCAGUCCCUACAAAUAGGCUUGGUCUUGCUAAAGGCAUGGGGCUGAUUGCUGCUUCACAUCUAGAUACUGUUCUGGAAAAAUUGAAAUGCAUUUUAGACAAUGUUGGAUAUAGCAGGUUUCAAAGGUUUUUCUCCUUCCUUUCUGGUAGAGUUUUGGAGGAUGCAGAUGAUACAUAUGCAGCUUUAGCAUUAAUGUAUGGGUAUGCUGCUAGAUAUGCUCCUUCGACAGUUAUAGAGGCUAGAAUAAAUGCACUAGUGGGCACAAAUAUGCUUUCACGUCUUCUUCAUGUGCAACAUCCUACUGCAAAGCAAGCUAUUAUAACUGCAAUUGAUCUAUUAGGUCGUGCAGUUAUCAAUGCUGCUGAAAUGGGCAUUUCAUUCCCACUGAAACGCAGAGAUCAAAUGCUCGAUUAUGUGCUGACGUUGAUGGGAAGAGAUGAUAGAGAGGAGUUAAUUGAUUCGAGCACUGAGCUUCUCCAUACUCAGACUCUUGCUCUGAGUGCAUGUAAGACAUUGGUUCUGGUAGAGCCGAGAUUACCGGUUGAAGCAAGAAACCAUGUAAUGAAGGCUACUUUAGGUUUCUUUGCUUUACCCAGUGAUCCUUCAGAUAUCAUCGACCCACUUGUUGACAAUCUUAUUUCUUUAUUGUGUGCUAUUCUUUUAACCAGUGGUGAAGAUGGACGAAGUCGAGCAGAGCAGCUGUUGCAUAUUCUUAGACAGGUGGAUUUAUAUGUUUCAUCUUCUGUGGAGCACCAAAGAAGAAGAGGUUGUGUUGCUGUAUAUGAGUUGUUACUCAAAUUCAGGGCCCUUUUCUCUGGAGGAGUUUGUGGACUGGGUUGCCACUCAAGUUGUAUGCACAGCAAACAAAUCGAUAGAGUGGCACAAAGAAACUUUUCCAAUUUACCAUCUGCUUUUGUAUUACCAAGCCGGGACUCUCUGAGCCUGGGAGAAAGGGUAAUAGCAUAUCUUCCACGAUGUGCAGAUACAAGCUCUGAAGUUCGAAAAUUAGCAGCACAGAUUAUUGGUCAAUUCUUCAGCGUCGCAUUAUCACUUCCAAAACUGGCAGCAUCCGUUAGUUAUAUUGAUAUUGAAGUUUCAUACAGUGCCUUGUCAUCUCUUGAAGAUGUUAUUUCGAUUUUAAGAAGGGAUGCAUCUAUAGACCAGUCUGAAACUUUUAACAGGGUUAUUUCAUCUGUUUGUGUUCUACUAACAAGAGAUGAGCUAAUUAUCUCAUUGCAUACAUGCACGUCGGCAAUAUGUGAUAAGAUCAAACAGUCGGCAGAUGGUGCUAUUCAAGCUGUCAUUGAGUUUAUCUCUAAGCGAGGCAAUGAGUUACUUGAAGCUGAUAUUUCAAGGACAACCCAGUCUUUGCUUUCAGCAACUAUUGCCAUUACUGAUAAACAUACACGUCAGGAAGUUCUAAAUGCUAUAUCAUGCUUGGCUGAGAAUACCAACUCAAGCAUUGUCUUUAAUGAAAUUUUGGCUGCUGCUGGACGGGAUAUAGUUACUAAAGAUGUUACCAGGAUUCGGGGUGGCUGGCCGAUGCAGGAUGCAUUUUUUGCAUUCUCCCAGCAUCCGGUGCUUUCUUUUUCGUUUCUUGAGUAUGUGGUUUCUGUUCUUGAUCGAACUCCUCUACCCAAGACUGAUGUAGACAAGGGAGAAAUUGUUGCUCACUCUGUUGAAUUUCAAAAUGACAACCAAAUUCAGCAAGCAGCUAUUCUUGCUAUUACUGCAUUUUUCAGAGGAGGUGGUAAAAUUGGAAAGAAAGCAGUUGAACAAAGUUAUUCUACUGUUCUUUCUGCGCUUACACUGCAGCUUGGAAGUUGCCAUGGGUUGGCCAGCCUGGGGCAACUUGAACCUUUACGGUUGUUGCUAUUAGCAUUUCAAUCUUUCUGUGAUUGUGUGGGGGAUAUUGAGAUGGGCAAGAUUUUGGCUAGAGAUGGAGAACACAAGGACCAAGAGAAGUUGAUUGAUCUGAUUCAGGAGAUUGCUUCCUGUACCUCCAUGAAAAGACCUAAAGAGGUUUCGCCGAUAAGUAUGAUUUUGAGCAAAGCAUUAAACAGGCAUCAAAGGUUUCAAAGGGAAGCUGCUGCUUCUGCUUUGUCAGAGUUCAUUCGUCAUAGUGACGGAUUACCUUCAUUGCUGGAACAUAUUGUAGAGGCAAUGUGCUUGCAUGUUUCAGAUGAAUCACCAACUGUGAGAAGCCUUUGUCUGCGCGGUCUUGUGCAGAUUCCAAAGAGUCAUAUGCCUAACUACAUCGCACAAGUUCUUGGAGUCAUUGUAGCUUUACUCGAAGACCCUGAUGAAUCAGUUCAAUUAACCGCAGUACAAUGCUUGCUUAGUGUUCUCAGCUCAUCAUCUGAAGAGGCUGUAGAUCCCAUUUUAAUAAAUCUAUCUGUGCGGCUGAGAAAUCUACAGAUCUCCAUGAAUGAGAAAAUGCGUUCGAAUGCUUUUGCAGCCUAUGGAGCAUUAAGCAACUUUGGAAUGGGUUCACAACAUCAGGCUUUUCUUGAGCAGGUUCAUGCCACUAUCCCUCGCCUGAUUCUUCAUCUUCAUGAUGAUGAUCUGAAUGUUCGUCAAGCAUGCAGGAAUACCCUUCGACAGCUUGCACCCUUGAUAGAAGCUGAUGGCUUCUCUGCCCUUUUUAACAAACAAGUUUUCAGUUCCGAAAGAAGAAGCGAUUAUGAGGACUUCAUAAGAGAUCUAUCAAGGCAUGUCUAUCAACUCCUGGCCUCUAGAGUUGAUAGUUACUUAGCACCAUUGAUCCAGGCUUUUGAUUCACCUUGGCCGGUUAUACAAGCAAAUGCAAUUUACUUCUCCAGUUGCUUGCUGUCACUUUCAGAAGAUCAGCGGUCUUUGGCUCCUUACUGUUUGCAGGUGUUUGCAGCAUUAGUAACCCGAAUGAAUCGAUCACCAGAUGCAGUUGUUCGAGCAUCAUGCUCCUUUGCUCUGGGUCUUUUGUUGAAGGCUUUCAACCCACUUGCACAUACAGUAUUACAAAUCGAUCAGACAGAUUCUGGUAGAAGUAAUAUUACAGAGUAAGCUUUUUAAUUUUAAACCUCCUUGAAGUCACACCGAGCUAAAGAUGGUGGCUCAAGAAAGAUGAUGUGCAGUAAAUGACCAGAAGAUAUUGAUGUUCGAUUUGCCCUGUUGCCAAGCCCAACAUUCAGAUCAAAAUUAAAGGGUGAUUGGAGUUCACAAACGGUCUGUAAGCAUACCACAGUUGCUGUUUCAUAUUCCUUGUAUUAUUCAUCCGAUGUACAUAUACAGUUGCAUAGUUGUUUUUUGUUUUUUCAUUUUUUGGGGUGUGUAUGUGGAAAAAAUAAAACCCUUGUAUGUGAAUUAGCGGUGUAUCUUUCUUUAUUGGAUCCACCGGAAGCUUGCGUUUUCAAUCAAGUGCUUUCUGUC